AUGAUCGAAGGUGAAGACUUACUGAUCUGCCCAACCUGCGGCACACAGUUCGAUACACCUGCAUCAGAUCCACCAUCCGGGUACUGCAGAAUCUGUGACGAUCCUAGACAAUACAUACCUGCCAGUGGACAAGCCUGGACGAGUCUCAAAGCCGAAGCUGAAAAGCAUGAGACCAAGUGGAAGCAAGAUGGGCAGGACGAGCGCAUUUGGUCUAUCUGGGCAGAACCAAAGCUUGGCAUCGGCCAGCGAGCCCUCCUCCUGCAAACACCUCACGGCAAUAUCCUCUGGGACUGCAUAGCCUACCUCGACCAACCGCUCAUCGACUUCAUCAAGUCUCUGGGCGGUUUGACAGCAAUAGUCAUCUCGCAUCCUCACUUCUACACAACCCACAUCUCGUGGGCAGCUACAUUCGACUGCCCCGUCUACGUCCAUUCUCUCGAUCAACAAUGGCUUUCCCGUACGCCUCUUCCUUCCACCAAAAGGGUUUUGCUACAAACCCAGUAUGAAGAGAUUGUAGAGGGUGUUACUGCUAUACAAGUAGGAGGACACUUUGAGGGAAGUAUGGUUUUGCAUUGGGAUGGACAUCUCUUCAUUGCUGAUACUUUUGUCAAUGUGCCUUCCGGUUUCUACCGUAAAGACAGACCUAAAGGCACCACUUCUUUCUCCUUCAUGUGGAGUAUCCCAAACAUGAUUCCUCUACCUCCGGACACAAUCCACAACAUGUGGAAAGCGGUCAAACCAUAUGACUUCACAGCUACGCAUGGCCUAUUCACGGGUUGGGAUAUCAGAGAUGAAAAUGUCAAGAAGAGCGUACUCGAAAGCAUGAAGAUCCAGGUCAGAACACAAGGAUUUGCAGAGCAUGCAUUGUUGGACGAGGAGUGA